GCACCUUGAGGAAGAAAAAGAAAAGAGCACAAUGUAUUUGGUUGGCUUGCAUAAAGUAAAGAACUGUGCAUGCUACACAAACACAACAUUUGAGAUCUGUAUGGAAUAAUUAAUGAACAUCCAUUUGCAGUAACAAGUUUAAUGCUUCAUGUUAACAUUUUAUUUAAUGUAACAUUUAGGCUAUAGCAGAAAAUGUAUGGAUAUAUAGGAUAGGAUAUACUUUAUUUAUGCCUGAAGGGAAAUUCAGUUGUCCAGCAGCUCACAUUUUAAAAACAUAGUUCCAAAUACAAAUUAGCACCAGUUUAGACUAAACUGACAGCAGAACUGAUGCUGGUAUCAGUUUUAACAUUUGACAACAAAUGCUUUAUUCUGGGAGAAAAUAUAAUUGGCAUUGGCAGCAAAGGACUAACUUAUUGUGUGGCUAUGAAUGUGUUUAGAAGAAAAUGGCUGAAUUCACUUUACACGGACUUUAAUGUGCAGUAAACUUUUUUGGUGCUUGGUGGAUGACUGGGAGUUUGAUAUAAAGUGGCAGGCUGUCUGGCAGCACUACCUUUUAUAAUGUAACACACAUAGCUUACACAUUCCCACUUACCACUGUCACCUUUUUCAUUUCAUCCUCUUCUUGUUUUGUUUUUCUUUGCGUGUGCCCAGAGAGAUAUGUUCGCUUCAUUUUCUCCUGUGUGUGUUUGACCGGGACAGCACGUCGAAGCCGGCCAGUAAGGGGGCCCCAUUAGGGAGAUUCCCGACGUGUCAUUGCAGUGUCUACGGGGGUUUCAAGUUGUGUCGCUGAUAUGGAGCGAUAUCAGCCGUCUGUCGGGGCCCCCUACUAGCAACUAGCCAGUGACAACCCGGAAAGGGCCCUGUGGGGGGGCGUCUAAAGCAGUUCCAUUAUUUUGUCAUUGACGUCAGCCGUCCCUCGGGGCCCCCUUCAGCUCGGGGCCCUCUGGUGAAAGCAAUCAAAUCAAGAAAUAAUCUCUAAAAAAAUACUGUUGCAGAGUGACGUGGACGAAGACUCAGCUUUGAGCAAAACAAUGAAGCAUGCAGCCAAGAAAAUGUGGGAGGAGCUACGGUCCCUUUCCUUGUCGAGUGUGGAACAGAAGUGCCAGAGACAUUACAAAGAAAACAUCUAUUUCAGACAUGGGCAAUGAAGUAACAACUGUGUCUCGGAAAAGGUUCUUUGUCUUCUUGGUGGGAAAAACUAAUGGGGCUCAUCUAGAACUUGUUACAAAGCUUAAAGGCUUUGGCCAAAUUGAGGUGAAGUCUUCUGGGUCUGACAACUUAUUAAUGAUUCAAACGUUCUUCUCUGUCUUUAGUGUCGGGGGGACGUUCUUUGUCUUCUUGGCAGGAAGAACUAAUGAUGCUCAUCUGGAGUUUGUGGCAAAGCUUGAAAGCAUUGGUCAUAUUGAGGUGAACUCUCCAAAAGAAAGUGACUACCUUCUGGUUUUUUGUCCUAUCGUGUCACGAGUUGGAACAGACAUCAGCGAGGCCCUGGACAAACUUCCAGAUGUGUGAAAAGGCAGUUGCAGACCCCCGAGUGGCUAAUCAGGAGAAACAGGCAGAUUCCCGGUGGGCCAGGCUCAUUGCUGGGCCGCAAAGGAUUGUGGCAGGGUUGGUAAACACAGUCAUCUUUAUAAAUAGAGAACGUGGGCUGCACUAGCAGAAGCCCAGGUGGUUACAGUUGAUCACUUGAUUGAUGACUGAUUAUAUUUGACCUUUGACUCUGACCACAGUGAACACCAACUCAGGUACCAGAGACGGUUUGGCACUUGGUGGAAGAUACAAGUAAGACAUAAAAAAUAUAGAGAAUGAAAAGAGAAGAGAGAAGUGGGAGCUGAAAAGAUCAGAAAAAAAAGCUUCACAAGCUGAGGUGGCUAAAUGAUCCAAACUCUGCUAACUUGUCUAUAAGACAGGUUGGUUAGCCUUGGCUACAGUGCUGUCUGAUGUCAGAAUAUAAGGUAUAACGUUGAGUGAAGAAGAGGCGGUAAAGCGCCGGGCAGGUAGGAUUACUUAGUGUUAAAGACGAUCAGAAUACUUUUAUUUUGGAGGGAUGGGGGACUUGUAGUACGAGGACUCAGUAACGUGACCAGAAGGAUUGCUGCACCGGUGAGCUGUUGUACCACAGUGUGUGAACAAUCAGAUAUAUGUGAUCCAGUAUCACCACUAUUUAUACACAUAUAUUAGUAAUGUUUUUUAUCAUUAAGAGUAGAAUAGCAAACAUACUAAGACCACAACUGAAACAGAAUAGGAUGGAAGAUAAGACUGCAUGUUUUGGCAUGGAAAAAAAAUCUAUGUUGUGAACUAAAGUGGGCUGGUCUGAGGCAUGAAACUGGCAUGCAAUUUCGCUACCCCCCCAUCACUUACUUAUUCACAACCCAGUUACGCCCCUAUAUAAAAAUACCAUGACAAGAAAUGCGUAAAAAUUUAUGUGAAUGAAAACCGUGCUCCCAGGUAGAUGGAGUAAAAACCAAACUGAUCUCCCCUCUCAGUUUCAUCUUGUUUCUGACUCAUUUGAUUCUGU